UCCGACCAGACGGACAGAACCAACAGCAAGCGACCUCUUUUAACUGACUCGAACCCAGCUCGUCACCAUGUCCUUUGCGUUCACCGUCUCGAUAAUGCUUCUGGGCUCUUCGGCCGUGGUUGCGUUUGUCUUGCAGCCAUCCAAUGAAGAACCUGCAACCUCUGCCAUCAGUUGCCAUGGCGAGUCAUUGGAGUCCAUCAGGAAGAGUCUCCUCAGGGCUCUCAACCUGGAGGCCGAGCCUCGGCUUCCUGCUGGCGGGCUGCACGCUAUCAGAGAGCAAUGGCAGCGCUCCACUUCUCACAGAGCCAAAGUUGCUGCAGCUGCAGCAACCCCUGACUCACGUGAUGGAGAAAACCGUCUGAGGUGCUGCUCCGUGGCCUCUCAGAUCUUCAUGAAAGAUCUUGGCUGGGACAACUGGGUGAUCCAUCCCUCCAGCCUCACCAUUGUUCAGUGUGCACUCUGCAACCCUGAGAUGAACACCGUGCAAUGUCCAUCAUCCCACACCAAUGGCCAGGAGUCCGACACACAGGUCCAGGUGCCAUGUUGUCAGCCCAGCUCCCAGGAAUUGGUGCCCAUCGUCUACGUGGACGAGUCCAGCACUGUCAUCAUUUCCUCUGUGCAGCUGACCCGCAGCUGCGGCUGUGGACCUGGAGCCAACAGAGAGUAAAGUUGUUUUCCUGUGACAUCUUUUAGCCACUUGGAACGUAAACAAGAAAUAGAAACGUUUAAAAGUAGAAUAUACCUCUAGGUGCAGGCCUAUAUUCUCUUACAAACACUUAUGUUGCUUUUUCAACUCUGAGUGUGGGAACCUAAGUUUUGCAUUCCUGUGCCUCUGCUGUAGCCAGAAAAAAAGAGAUACAAGGGGGUAGCACAGAUUUUUCGAGACACUCGACCACAAAACUGAUUUAAAAUUAUAUGCUCUUUUAAUAGCUGUGGUGAGAGAAGGGGAUUACUGAGCUCGAUCAAACAUGACCGGUCUCAAAUUACAAUCUAUUUCAUGUGAUAUUGUUUUUAAUAAAAAGUUACCAGUUCGAUUUUGCAGGUCAAUAAAAAAGAUAAUUUCUGCAGAUGAAUCCAAGUAUUUCUCUUGCAACAAGUUAUAAACAGUGAUUUGAAAUGCAGCUGACACCAGUUUAUCUUUUAACAGGUCAUGAGUCCACAGCGUUAUUUAUAGUCACUAACAGUCACCUAGUGUCCCCUCCAAAAAUCUGAGACAGUCUGAAGCCAAUCUUCUCUCUGAUCUGUUUUCCUCUCAUUGAAAACAAUCCCAAACGGCCAAAUUGCAUCAUUAAAAAUAGACUUAUAAGCAAUAAAUGAAAUACAGGCUCGUAACUAUGAUGCUUAGACAUUUUGCAGAGAGAUUAAAAGGAGCAUAUUAUCUUCAAAUCAAUCUCCCUGCACCUAAAAGUCUGGGUAGAUGAAUAACAUCUGUUUUUUACAUUUCCACAAACCUCCAUUUGCAAUGUUCCAUCUUCAUGUUUCUCCAAGUAGAAUAAUAAAAAAACGACAAUUAAACAAUUAUUAUUAGUUUUAUGAAAUAUGAAAAUGUUGGACUAAAGAAAGCUGCUUUGCAUCAUCUUAUAUAGCAAAUAAAAAUCUGAAUUUAAUCCUGAUAAAUACAAUCAAGUUUAUAAUUUUUGCAAAAACAAAAAGUAAAUAAUCAUUAAUCAUAAAGAUUUAAUCCUGGCAAACAAAAGUGGAAUUCAAAUUAAAAGGGGUUAAAUUGUGUAAAUUUGAGGCUCUUAUCUGUCAGUGCUAUUAUUGCUUAAUUUAUAUCAUGUAUUAAUCCAAAGCAUAUUAUUCCAUGUACACAACUUCUCAUGAUAUUUUUUAUAGUUCUCAGUUGUUUGCUUGUAUUCUCCCACUCACUUCAUCAAGUUACCUCACCAUUCACUUUUCAAGUACUGUUUUUGUUUUUGUUUUUUAUG